GCCCAUUGGCGCAAACUCCUGAAGACAUCGUUAUGGAAACAAUGCACUUCGACCAGUUCAGAACCAACAACUAACAGUGAAUUUCGCAAGCUAACAUCUGAGUAUCUCCAAAAGAAUCUAGCACAACAUCAACUGGGAACUAAACUACUCUCAACAUGUCACAAUAAAUGUCAGAUUGAUCCAAUCCUAUGGCUACCCAUGUCCUUUAGUGAGCAUAGCCGGAUGAUUCGAUGGCGCCUUGAGUGGCUACCGGGUGGCCUUCCUCUCACGAUCCCAUGCCAUAACUCGUCUCAACAUGCACGACCGUCUGUUCGUCCCUACCAUCAUCCCUGAUCCUAUGUCAUUCUUACUGAAUAUGCUCCCCACAAUAAGCCCCGUUGUACCCACAUAAUUGCUGCUUGGCGUAGACGAUGGCCUGUAAUGUGCUCAAUUCUUAUUGAAUUAGAUCACUUACAACUCGGCUUGACCCCCCCCACCACCACUCUUAGAUUAUCUCCCCGGCCAACACUUUAUAGACUGGUUGUUAUCAUAGCUAUUAAUUAUUUGACUGUUACCUUCUCCCUCUUCCUUUUCCUUUCCUGUUCACCUUUUUGUCUCUUAAAAGGGUUUUUAGUUCUAUACAACCACUGGAACUGGCCAGAGCAGACCCAAUGUGUUAAAGGCAUUACGUGCUCACAGGUCAUUAAAAAUUUUAUCCAAUAAAAUGAAUUCUUUA